ACUUUGAAAAGAUUCGGUACCAGUAGUAUCACACCGUUGAUUGUGACUUCCAACUCGAAACCCAUUUUAACCAAAAAAAAAACAAACCACCACCCAACCCAAACUCUCCACCACUAGUCCACUAGAUCUCCGGCAACCGCCACCCGCUCACCACACUGAAAACCCUUUCAAAACAUGACGUCAUCAACAGCAGCACCGUCAGCAUCACGGCGACUUCGUGAGCUCCAAUCCCAACCAGGAAACAAGACUUGUGUAGACUGUUCACAGAAAAACCCACAAUGGGCAUCCGUAUCUUACGGAAUCUUUAUGUGUUUAGAAUGUUCUGGAAAGCACCGUGGUCUUGGGGUCCACAUAUCUUUUGUCAGAUCUGUUACUAUGGAUUCUUGGUCUGAAACCCAGCUCAAGAAAAUGGAAGCUGGCGGCGGUAACGACAACCUUAAUAACUUUUUAGCAAAGUACGAUGUUGUUGUUCGUGAUAUUGUUGAAAAAUAUAACAGUCCCGCCGCUUCGGUUUACCGUGACAGGGUUCAGACCCUGGCUGAUGGUAAACCGUGGCGGGACCCACCUAAAGAAAAAGUUGUAAAAAUAGAAAAUAAUAUUAACAAGCACCCGCCUCGAAAGGCGGGUGGUUGGGAUAAUGAAUGGGGUAAUAAUAAUAGUGAUAAUAAUGGGUUUGAUAAUAUAAGGAAGAAUCAAAGUGUUGGGGAUUUUAGGAGUGGGGGUGGGGGUGGGGGAGUGGGGCCGGUUAGGUCGAGAUCGAACGAGGAUAUGUAUAGUAAGGCGGAGCUUGAGAGGUCUGCGGCGGGGAAAGAAGGGUUUUUCGCUAGGAAAAUGGCGGAGAAUGAGGCGAGGCCGGAAGGGUUGCCGCCUGCGCAAGGAGGGAGGUAUGUUGGGUUUGGGUCGAGUCCGAAUCCGGUACCGAGGAGUAAUGCACAAGGGGAUGUGCUUUCUUCGGUUACGCAGGGACUUGGUAAGUUAUCCGUUGUUGCUGCAUCUGCUGCACAGUCAGCUGCCAGUGUCGUCCAAGCUGGCACGAAAGAAUUCACUACAAAGGUCAGAGAUGGGGGAUAUGAUCACAAGGUGAAUGAAACUGUCAAUGUUGUCACAGCAAAGACUACAGAAAUUGGUCAAAAGACAUGGGGCCUCAUGAAAGGUGUCAUGGCAUUUGCUUCACAAAAGGUUGAAGAGUUGGCCAAAGAAAACCCCACCUGGAAAAGUGACAGCUGGCAGAGAAAUGAAAAACAGGGAAAUGGGUUUUAUCAGGAGUUCGGGGAGGAACGGAAAGGAUGGAAUUCCAAUGGAACUUCCAAUGCUGCCCCCUCAUCUGGCGUGAAUGGUGGUUCUGUCAGCUCAUCAGGCAGAAACUUCAACUCUGUGGAUUCUGGCUCUUGGGAUGAUUGGGAUAAUGAUGGCAACAGGAAGCAUGCAUCUACCACCGGGACCGCACCCAGUAACGGGAAUGACUGGGCAGGUUGGGAUGAUGCUAAAGAUGAUGCAUACGACAGUUAUUACAAGUCUGAUGGUAAAACUGCAACCGGAAAAUCAGAUGGAAACUGGUCUGGGGCAGGCUUUCUAUAAGGUUUGUACGUUUUUCACUCUUAAAAAAAUCUACUUGUAAAAGUUUUCCUCUUUUUAUGUAAGAGCGUCUUGUGAUGAUUAGUGAGGGUUUGUGGGUCAAAAAAAUGUUUAUAUUGUACGAUUGUCAACAAUGUGGGCUAAUUGCCCAAGUAAAAGAGAACUGAAGUUAAUUGUUUCUGGGUUGAAUUAGACCGUCUUCAGAUUUGUCA